CUUAUCCUUAGCCCGCUCUCUCUAAUUACACUAUAAUCUCUAAAGAUGGUUGCCAAGGUUUCUGCCAUGGUGCUUAUUUCCAUGGCCAUCAUGGCCGCUCAAGCACAACAACCAGCACAGCAGCAGCCAAAGAGUGUCUGUAACCAGGAUAUCACUGGCACUGGUCAGGGUGAUUUGGAUGCUAUCAGAGGCUGCAAGCAAUUCUAUGGAUCCAUCACCAUGGAUAGUCCACCUGUGGAUCGACUGACACUGGACGGCGUCGAGCAGAUCACUGGCAAUGUUUUGAUCAAAGGAAGCAGCUCGCUUAGAAGCUUCAGUGCACCCAACUUGAAAUCUGUCCAAGGCGCCUUGACGAUCCGUGAGCACACAGCUUUGCAGCAGCUGGAUCUGCCUGUACUUCAAGAAGCCACAAGCCUGACGCUGGGCGUCUUGCCAGAGCUCGAAAAGAUUGAUUUCCCUGCCGGUCUUAGCAAGGUUCAAGACUUGACCAUCGAAGAUACGCGCGCAUCUGUCAUUGGUGGUCUCAAGCUUGACUCGUUGAAUAAGUUUACGCUUACCGAAAACAACUUGAUGAACUCGUUUGAUUUCCCAGUUAAGGAGGUGACUGGUGAGCUUUAUGUGGUUGGCAAUGGCAAUAAUAUGGAGUUCAAGGCCUCAGAACUCGCCAGUCUCCAGACGGGUACAUUCCGCAAUUUGGGUACAAUCAACCUGUCCGGCCUCAGCCACGUGGUCUCUGAUAUCUCGUUCCAUCAAAAUGAGUUUACCUCACUUCAUCUGGACAACUUGCAAGACAUUGGCGGUACGGUGACGAUUGCCAACAACAACAAGUUGAGCGAGACUUCAAUGAAGCAGCUGAGCCUGAUCGGUGGCGCCUUGUCUGUUGGUAACAACACUCAGCUGACAUCCAUUAGCGGCUAUCCGAAACUUUCUGCUGUACAUGGUACGGUCGAUCUCGCUGGCGGGUUCGAUACCUACGAGCUGCCUGCAUUGCAAGACGUCCGUGGUGGUAUGCGUAUUCAAACCACCAGCGCCAAGUUCCCAUGCCCGGAUGCUGAGAAGAAGUUCAAGGCCAGCAGUGUUGUCAAGGGUAGUAUCUGGGGCUGCAAGUCCAAUAUGGAUGCCAAUAACAUGGAUCCUACCAUCGGCCAAGGCGGCGGUGGGUCUGCAGGUGGCCCUACUGGGGGCAUGACCAACAAGAAGCAAAAUGGAAAGUCUGGAUCAUCUGAUUCUACCAUUGCCCAGUCUGGCGCUACCACUACUGCUACGGUAUCCAUGAUCCAGGGUGCUUAUUUGGCCGUGGCCGCUGGUUUGGCUUUCACUUUCGGCCUUUAACUGUUUUUCCCACUAUAAAAAUCAACCUAUGCCUUUUUAAACAAUGUUCAACUCUAUGUUUACCUAUAGAACAAUGGAUAUAUCGAUC